GGAGGGCAGGAUGGACAUGGCGAGGGUUCAACUACUGUCUUACAUGUUGUGGUCAGUGGCAGAGCAGCGGGUCUGUUCUGGGUAGGCCGACCGCCGUUUGAUUGCAAGCUUUAGGAUUUCAUUUUAGGUGUGAACAGCUCCGGGGUCAAGAGAAGUCACUUUUGCGAGUCCAUUCAAGGGCACAGCUCCUGCCCAAAGGCCUCCGAGCUCCGAGGCCUGUCGAGACUGAGCCGGCCUCAUGGACCCUGGCGAUCGCAAAGGGAAUGGACACAGGAGAUGCAUCAGCUGACAAGUUCCAGGUCUGAUCUCGUAGAGCCAUGGGGGACUGGAACCUGCUGGGGAAGCUGCUGGAGAAAGCCCAGGAGCAUUCGACUGUAGUGGGCAAAGUGUGGCUCACGGUCCUCUUCAUCUUCCGAAUCCUGAUCCUGAGCGCCGCCACGGAGAAAGUUUGGGGAGACGAGCUGUCCGGCUUCACCUGCGACACCAAACAGCCCGGUUGUCAGAACGUUUGCUACGACUACACCUUCCCCAUCUCGCACAUCCGAUUCUGGGUGCUGCAGAUCAUCUUCGUGUCCACGCCCACGCUCAUUUACCUGGGGCACAUUCUCCAUCUCGUGAGAAUGGAGGAGAAGCAAAAAGAAAAGGACCGGCAAAUGGAGAUCCUUCAUCCGGAAAAGCACGCGCUCAUUUCGGAGGCGAAGCACAAAAAGCAUUUGGUGAAGGACAGCAAAGGUCGAGUGCGAAUCCAGGGGGAGCUACUGCGCACGUACGUUUUCAAUGUUAUCUUCAAGACGCUGUUCGAGGUGGGGUUUAUCGUAGCGCAGUACUUCCUAUACGGCUUUGAGCUGAAGCCUAUGUACACGUGUAACCGGCGGCCUUGUCCUAACGUCGUGAACUGCUACAUAUCCCGCCCCACCGAGAAAACCAUCUUCAUCAUCUUCAUGCUCGGAGUGGCCAGCGUGUCUCUGCUGCUCAACCUCAUCGAGAUCUACCACCUGGGAUUCACCAAGUGCCGCCAGGGAAUCACGUACAGGCGACGCAAAGGCUCGCCAGAAAUCAUCCACAAAGACCCCGGCGAGACCACGGUGCCGAUCGUGCCCAGUUACGACGACUACUUCGGCGGGCACGCUCCAGUUCAACCCGCCUACCCUCCGAGUUACAACCUGUCCUCUCCGAUAACGGACGGCACGGACUCGUCUUUCCAUCCCUACCACAGCAAAACGGCGUACAAGCAGAAUAAAGACAACAUGGCGGUGGAGAGGAGCAGCACGAGCAAACCGGAGGAAUGUGACCUGAAAGGCAAGAAGCAGGGAGCAGGUUCAACCCCGGGGUCGCCCACGCAGACCAGACCGGGCCGCAGCACCAAACACAGCAGCAACAAGACCAGAAUAGACGAUCUAAAGAUAUGAGGAGCCAUACGUUUCUCUGGCAGCGUCUUAAAUGGCUGUGAAGGGAUCGUGUGAUGUUUGGAAGCAUUCACACAUGUCGAACGCAGGACUGUUUUAAAGUUUUAAAGGCGGCGCUGGCUUCUCGGCGACUGUGGUUACUGUGGUUUCUGUCAUUUAUAGGCUGGUCCACCUUCACUUCUGUGCUAUUUUAGUGGAACAAAUGUUGAAGCCGGAUCAGGAAAGCUGCACCAAACCUGGAUAAACGCAGCGUCUAACAUGUCAGAAAGGGCAUCUGGUGUAAAUGUUCAUGCAAAGGGGACGAUUACCCGCUUUGGAAAAUGAAAACAGUGAGGACAGCUGAGCACUUGACCUCAAGGAAAGAAAUGAAAAUGAUAAUAACUACUGUUGUUUUUAGCUGUCAGUGUCACAAAACAUGACUUCACAAGACUUGAAAUGAAAAAUUGUGCAAUAAACAACGAUAUUCUGGGCUCUAGACGUGCUCAGAUGUAUUCCAGGACGUGCCCCAGAAAUAAACUGCACAAGUCUCAGGAGUAGAAACACUUUUUACUGCGUCAGACACAAGUUUAAAACUGCAGCCAUGUUGGAUCGUAGUGUUGUUCAGAUGCUCGUGUCGUUUGUUUUAUGUACAGCACUUUGUAAUAACGAUUUGUAAACGGAAAUAAACUUGUCUUAAAUUAAACCUUAUGUUUUACUGUUAAGCAGAGGUGAAUA